ACGCUCCCAUUUUACCAGGGUGGACACUGAGGCCCAGAAUGGGCAAAGGGCUUGCUCAAGCUCGCAGAGCUGCAGGGGCUCAGGGGACAAGAGCCCCGACUUCCGUCCUGCACCUACGGAGUCGGGGCACGCCCAGGGGCAACGCCCACCUGGCUGGGAGCGGAGGGAGCAGGGCGAGCCCGCGGGGGCGGGGCUUACGCAUGCCCCACCUCCGCCACCGGGCUUGGGGCGGGGCCUUCCUGCAACCUUCGCCGCUCCAACAUGGCUCCGCGGCUGUGCAGCAUCUCUGCGGCGGCGCGGCGGUGGCUGGGGGGCCCCGGGCCCCGCGCCAGGGACCUUGCAGCUGCUGCGCGUUUCUAUUCCAAGGACAAUGAAAGCAGCUGGUUCCGCUCCCUGUUUGUCCACAAGGUGGAUCCCCGGAAAGAUGCCCACUCCACGCUGCUAUCUAAGAAGGAGACCAGCAACCUCUACAAGAUCCAGUUUCACAACGUGAAGCCUGAGUGCCUGGACACCUACAACAGCCUGACGGAGGCUGUGCUGCCCAAGCUGCACCUGGAUGAGGACUACCCCUGCUCGCUCGUGGGCAACUGGAACACGUGGUACGGGGAGCAGGACCAGGCAGUGCACCUGUGGCGAUUCUCAGGUGGCUAUCCAGCCCUCAUGGACUGCAUGAACAAGCUCAAAAACAACAAGGAGUACCUGGAGUUCCGAAAGGAGCGGAGCCAGAUGCUGCUAUCCAGGAGAAACCAAUUGCUUCUUGAGUUCAGCUUCUGGAAUGAGCCACUGCCCAGAGCAGGCCCCAACAUCUAUGAGCUGAGGACAUACAAGCUCAAGCCAGGAACCAUGAUCGAGUGGGGGAACAACUGGGCUCGGGCCAUCAAGUACCGGCAGGAGAACCAGGAAGCAGUGGGCGGCUUCUUCUCACAGAUAGGAGAGCUGUACAUUGUGCACCAUCUCUGGGCCUAUAAAGACCUGCAGUCUCGGGAGGAGACUCGAAAUGCUGCCUGGAGGAAGAGAGGCUGGGACGAAAAUGUCUACUAUACAGUCCCCCUGGUGCGACACAUGGAGUCUCGGAUCAUGAUCCCCUUGAAGAUCUCUCCUCUGCAAUGAUGCUGCUGACACCUCCACCUCUUUCCCCUACUCCCUCAGGGCAACCCCAGACAGAGGAGCUCCUGGUCCUGCUGUCUUGGUUUAUUCUUGGCUCUUGGGAGGACUGAGGGGCAGUGUUCAGCUCAGACAAGGGGGAACUGAAGGCUGACAAGGUUCUGAGGACAUAUACCUCUGCCCAGACCCUUCCUGCCUUCGCCACCUGCCUCCUUUCCCCUGCUGGAAGUAGUUUCUAAUUUCCCUGAAUGAAAAAUAGCAAUCUUUUAGGUCUCCUUUAUCUCCUCCUAAGAUUCUUUAUCUCAAGGCCACUAGGCCCCAAUAGUCACCAUGGAAAUCCUCGGUUUAGCUUAGUUGCACAAAAGGUAGCAUGUCUAGUGGUUAGAGGUGGCCUAGGAAGAAAGGGGGUCAGGCCAGGCCCUGGAGGAUUCCCUGAUCUCCACUGGGCCACUCACUUGAUGGACAGUCUGAGCCAAGUCCCUCCUGCUGAGGAAAAGCCAGGAACUGCCACAGAAACCCCUCAAAUCAGCAAGAUCCAAAGGAGGUCUGGAUAUUCCACCCAGAGAGGCUGGGAAAAGGGAUGGGAGCCAGGAACGAUUUAGACAGGAGACAGACAUGUAACAGGAAUGUAGAACAUAGAACUCAGAAUUUAGAACUUGGGUUUGAACUGCAGAAUUUGGAAUUUGGAACACAGAAUUGGGAAGAUAGAACACGGGUGACAGAAUACCACUUGGAGUAUACUAAAUAGAUGGAGAGAGGCUUGUCCGUUUCUCCCUACAUAUAGGAGAACUUGAAUGUGUAGUUCAGUCCUUCUGUGCAGGGAGUCUCUCCUGCCUUCCAUCCUUCCUAAAGGUAGAAAUACAGGCCAGGGCCUGUAUUUCCCACAUCCUGCAUUCCUUCUCCCCCACUUGACAUUCUGUGAGCCCAACCCUCAUUCUACAGGGCCACUAGGUAUGUGGAGUGGAGUCAGUGACUCUGGGGGGGGGUCUCCUCAGUGACCCCCAUACCUCAUGAACCUUUGGGUAGCUUGAUUCUGCCUCGCUUCCAAGAAAACUUGUGCUGGAAUUGCUGAUGGAACCAAUUAAAUAUUUACUAUAAA